AUGGAGAAUGGAGCCGGAGUGGCGCCCAAUUCCGCCAUGCACGUCGUCGAUCCUGACUAUCAGGGGCUCAGGCAGGAGGAAUUGGAAGAGGCCGAGUAUGCCGAGACCAUCAUCGCCCUCGAGCAGGCCUUCCUGGAGGAUAUUCGACGAGAAGAGCAAUCACUGGUGGAUCAGUACUUUGAGGAAGUAAGGCGAUUCGAGGAGGAGCAAAUCCAAGAUGCCAUCGACCGAUAUGUGCCAGAGGAGGAGGGCGAGGAGGCGCAAGACGAGGUCAACCUCUCCUACGUCCGCCACCGCUUGGGCGAAACGAUCACGCAGCACUCCCAACGCUGCGGUGCCGGCCCCGGGUUUGCUCUGCGCCAGGAGCCCCUCUCCGGCACGGUGAUGCUUUGCAUGGCCUGCGAGGCCUGCAACACCCUCGACGUCGUGCUCUAG